CUAUUACCAGACAAGAUACAUUCCAUGUGUGGGGAUACAGAGUGGAGAACCUUACAGAUGGCACACACAUACAACUAUAUUUACAUUCAUAUACACUGAAUGCACACAGACAUACAUUCCAUAUUGUAUAUAUAUAUGUAUAUGAUACAGCACACACAUAUUCUAUACACUGGAACACACAAGCAACUCUUACAGUAAGGUACCAGCACCGGCACCCCACUUGAGGAUCAUGUAGAAGGGGGCACAUUGGCACUUCUGUUCAGUGACUGGCGGAGACCUACUUGGAGAUUUAGGAUCAUUUCUAUAUUACAACCUGCAGGAUCGCCCUUUGAGCUGACAGACACUACAUCGCUGGGUCUCACAUAAGCGCUCAAGAUGAGUCAGUGCUUUUAUAAUGAGAGCAUAAAGUUCUUCUACAACAAUAGCGGGAAAGAACUCUAUGACACAUGGAGGACCAAAGACAUGCUGGUGGUGGGCUUGGGACUUACAGUGUGCGUCUUUGUGUUGUUAUUCAACCUGCUUGUGAUAGCAGCCAUUAUCAUCAACAGACGAUUCCACUAUCCAAUCUACUAUCUCCUGGGGAACCUGGCUGCAGCCGAUCUGUUCGCCGGGGUUGCUUAUACAUACCUCAUGUUCCACACGGGUCCAAAUACGUCUAAACUAACAAUAAAGACCUGGCUAGUUCGACAGAGUCUGCUGGACACUAGUUUGACAGCAUCGGUGGCCAACUUGCUGGCCAUAGCUGUGGAGAGGCACCAGACAAUAUUUACCAUGCAGCUCCAUAGUAAGAUGUCAAACCAGCGGGUGUGCAUCCUCAUUGCCUGCAUUUGGAUUAUAGCGUUGUUGCUGGGCCUGAUCCCAUCUUUUGGUUGGAGUUGUAUAUGCAACAUAAGUACUUGUUCUAGAAUGGCUCCUCUUUAUAGCAGGAGCUACCUGAUCUUUUGGGCAGUAUCCAACUUGGUGGCUUUUUUAAUCAUGAUGGGAGUCUACAUGCAUAUCUUUAUCUACGUCAAGAGGAAGAUGACGAGGAUGUCCCAGCACACGUCGUCCCAACCCAAGUAUCGGGAGACCAUGAUAAACCUAAUGAAGACUGUCUUCAUUAUCUUAAGUGCCUUUGUGAUCUGCUGGACCCCCGGCCAAGUCGUCCUCCUCCUUGAUGGUUUAAAUUGCAAGAGCUGCAACGUGCUGGCUGUCGAGAAGUACUUCCUGCUCCUGGCCGAGAUCAAUUCCGUCAUCAAUCCCAUUGUUUACUCUUAUCGGGACAAUGAGAUGAGAAACACCUUUAAGCAGAUUCUUUGCUUCUUCUGCAACAGGGGUUCCAAGUACUCCCCUACUUCCCUGAAAUCGACCAACACGGAGAGGAGAAUCUUGUCCGACAAUGGACACUUAAUGAGAGAAUGCAGCCUUUAGGUGUUUGACUUCUGUAGGGUUCUCUGCCUGCCUGGAGCACCAAAGUGUUGAAUCCACAUGAGAUACUAACAGUUGGAGUGAGGCCCAGCCCAUAAAACUAGAGUAGGAUCUCAUCUGGACACAAAGUAAUGUGCAUCAAGAUGCAAGGAAGUUUAUCUUUGGCAAGUUCCACGGAAGGACAUUUAAAGACUGAGCCAAGUGUGCUGCCUUAUUGUUUAGGAUGGACACAUGUAUCCUAAUUCUACAGAGGUAUCUCAAACUACCCUUAUAUAUCCAUACCACUAUUGGGAACUUCAAGACUUAACAUAAGACUUCUCUAGGCCAAGCUACGUUUAACAGUAUGGUGUCAUUUACAGUGUUAACAUUGUAGUGGACUAUUUGUUAUAGUACAGUACCAUCUUUCUGAGCAGAAUGGCUAAGCGACUUAUAGCCAAUGUGGCUCAGUAGGAUGUGCUAAUAUAGAGAUAUGACAAGGUCAUUGAUGUUGAGGAGUCCAUAUGGGAGGGCAAUCUGGCUUGUUUUGGCCUUACUGCCUGACCAUCACUACAUGCAUGGGAAGCCAUUUCCCAGUGCCUUGAGAUCAUGUUGGAUCUUAAUUGGUUUGUCUAGUCAGAUAAUUUAGCCUGCCAUUGCCAGCCAUGUUUGCAGAAGGGGCAGAAUAGUCAUAGGGGAAAUGAUUGCUUUGCGCUUCCCAUGGUCGGUUCUUUGUUUGCAUUCAAUUUAGGAACAUUUGUGUUUUCUAAACUUGCCUUCUGCAGUCCUCUGCUUCUUCAGUUCUUAUGGUAUGUUGUGCACUGCCCUAGCUUGGGGUGCAGGGUAUUGGCACUCAGUAACGAGUGGAAGCACCUUGUACAUCGACAACAUCCUUGACUUGGGAGAAGAGGGUCAUACAUGGGGAUCAAAGAAGGCAAGUUUUUAGGCUUCUAAAUUCCAUAGGACUGUAGGCUUUGGGACAUAUUGACCCUAUAACUAUAAUGAAUAAUGAAAUUAAAGUAAGGCUUUAUUUGCCCUUUUCCUAAUGGUCGGUGCAGUGUUCUGCCAUUACCUACCUUGGGUCACUUCCCAUAAACAUGAAUGGGAAGCACCACAGGUUUCCCGGAAUAAUCCUGGCAGAGUAACUGAAUCAUGGGAAGGCAAAGCUACGUUACACCACCACAAUGCGCUGAAAGGGAAUAGCAUUUAUCCUGUAUUAUGGCACCUUGUUAUUUUCCUGAUUGGUUACAGUCUGACUGUAUGAAAUGGACAUUCAGAGACUUGAACCUGUGACUGCGAAAAGGACCAGCAAUGCGGGUGCCUCUCUGUUGUGAAAUAAUAUAUAUAUAUUGUGCUAUUGUCGGCUUUUAUAUAAACCUUUUUGUGUGAAAUUAA